UUGACAUCUAAGACGUAUUUAGGCAGUAUGUUGAUUUUAUACUUUGCUUUGAUGCUUGUGGCCGGCGUGUUCUCAUAUUUUCAUGAAACUUCCGGUGGCAAUCCAUGUGGUAUGAAUGCGACAUUUCGAACUUGUAACAACAGAUGUUCUUACAACUACUGCCCAGUGGAUGAUUCUCCACCUGAUUUUAGUUGUGAACCGCCAUCACCUUGUCCCUCCGGAUGCGUUUGUAAUUUGAACUACAGAAAAAAAAGUAUCAAGGACGAAAAUUGUAUCCUGGCAUCUGAGUGUCCACCAGUUGAUUGUACACGACCCAAUGAAAUUUGGAGUAAUUGUCCAUCGGACUGCUUGAGGGAAGACUGCGAAAAUGCUUAUGAAGAACCAACUGUAUGCAAUACACUUGUUUUAAACUGCCAACCAAGGUGUAUUUGCAAGCCAAACACUUUUCGGGAUAAGAAUAAAAUUUGCAUUCCAGUUGAACAAUGCCCAAAGAACAUUCCUCAACCAAUGAAUUAUUACAUGACUGCACAAGAAACAUUGUACUGA